CCAGGCUAAAACUUACUUCGAUAUAGAGAAACUUGUCCAGCACAGGACAUAUUUGGAGUUCCCCAAGAAAGAUGUUUCACCAGUUGUCGCUGCUGCUGCAGCAGAAGCUGCAGUCAAGCCCAUUGACUCUGCUGUUGCAGCCGAGGCAGUAGAAACACCUCCUGUAUCGGACGUGGCUCCCCCUGAAGUUGAAGCCACUCCAAUGGUUGAAGCUGUCGCUGAAGAUGCUGCUCCUGUUGCAGAAGCUUCUCUGAUUGCUGAAGUGAGUGUACCCACAGCUGAAGUGGCCCCCAUUUCUGAGGUAACUGAAGCUGCUGCUGAAGCCUCUGUUGAGGCUUUUGCUGCUGCCCCAGAUGCAGCUUUCAAGGCCCCAGAACUUGAAGCCCCAGUGGCCAAAGUUGCCUCCCCUGAAGCCCCAGUGGCCGAAGCUGCUGCCCCUGAGGCCCCAGUGGCCAAAGCCGCUGCCCCUGAGGCCCCAGUGGCCGAAGCUGCCGUUGCAGAAGCCCCAGCAGCCAAAGCUGCAACUGCAGAAGCCCUAACAGCCGAAGUUGCCGCCCCCGAAGCCCCAGCAGCCGGAAUUGCUGCAUCUGAAGCCCUAGCAACCGAAGUUGCCGCAUCUGAAGCUCCAGCAGCUGAAGUUGCUGCAUCUGAAGCCCCAUUGGCUGAAGUUGCCGCCCCUGAAGCCCCAGCUGAAGUUGUCAUGCCUGAAGCCCCAGCGACCGAAGCUGCCGCCGCCGCAGAAGCCCCAGCAGCCGAAGCUGCCGCCGCCGCAGAAGCCCCAGCGGCCGAAGCUGCCGCCGCCGCAGAAGCCCCAGCGGCCGAAGCUGCCGCCGCCACAGAAGCCCCAGCGGCUGUAGCUGCUGCCGCCGCAGAAGCUCCAGCAGCCAAAGCUGCUGCCGCCGCAGAAGCCCCAGCAGCCAAAGUUGCCACCACAGAAGCUCCAGCAGCCAAAGUUGCCACCUCUGAAGCCCCAGCAGCCGAAGUUGCUGAAGCUACCCCAGAGUCAGCCCCUGAAGCCCUGGCAGCGAAGACCACACCUGCUACAGAAGCAGCAGCUGAAGCUCUUACAGAAGUUGCUGCAGAAGCACUUGCACCUGUUGUGGAGGAUGCCCCUGCUGAAGUGGCUGCAGAGUUGGUAGCAGAAGUCUCCGUUGAAGCGACUGAAGUUCCCGUUGAAGCGGUUGAGGCAGCUGCCACUGUGGAUAGUGGCGAGGAGCUGGUGGACCCUGCCCCGGCUGUGUCUGAAGCUGCAGGAGAAGAGCUACAGGCAGAUGCCCCAGCUGAGCCUGAAGCGGUUGAACCGUCAGAGGCCCAGUUGGACCCGAUUCAGAAGCUCUUUCUGGACUCCAUACGCCAGUACAGCACAAAUAGCCAGGCUGCUGGAGGGCUGGUAGAUGCAGGGGAUGAGUACCAGAAGGCCUUGGCUGAGGAAAUUACAAAACUCCAGAGACUGUAUGGCGGAGGAGACCUCACAUCUUUCCCAGAAUUCAAGUUCACAGAGCCCAAGUUGGAUGAAGUUUCCCCCAAGUGAACAGCAGUACCUUUCACCUUUUGCUAUUGUCACCUUUUCCCACUCUUCUGUGAACCCAGUGGAAGUCUAAUUAACAAUUAACCCAAUAACUGUCAAAGUUGCAGGAAAAGCCCGUUCCAUUCCUUUUGAAUGUGAGAAUAGAGCUGUGUCGGAUCUAGAUGUUUUAUGGUGACUAUAGCCAAUGCGAUCGAUGUGCUUUGUUGGAGGGUAAGCUGACUUUAGAGCUGUGAAAUAUGCUUUGACGUAGACUAACUCAGGAAUGAGCUGGAUGUGGAGAAAAAUAAACUCCGGUUUAGAUUUGUUG